AAUUAGUUAGUAUAUUCGUCUCAUCUGAAACUUGUUUUAUUUACCCAACUUACGCAGGAUUCGAGUAGGCAAGAUUUGUCGUGUUUCAAGCUUUCUUCAGCUUUAUACAACUGGCCGAUCGGGCUCCAAUCUUCACCGCUACCAACCUAUAACCAGUUUUAGUAUUUCUGUUACCAUGGAAGACGGCAAAUCCUCAAGCCAAUCUGCCGGAAAACCAAUUCGAUGCAAAGCUGCAAUUUGUCGCGAAGCAGGGGAGCCUCUAGUGAUAGAGGAAAUCAUGGUGGCUCCUCCGUGUCCCUACGAAGUUCGAAUCCGAAUUAUUUGCACCUCGCUCUGUUACAGCGACAUUACAUUUUGGAAAUUGACGGUGCCUCCUGCUUGUGUCCCCAGAAUUCUUGGUCACGAGGCCGUCGGGGUGGUGGAGAGUGUGGGUGAGAAUGUAAACGAGGUAGCACCAGGAGAUGUUGUCAUUCCAACUUUUUUGUCAGAAUGUGGAGAAUGUGAAGAUUGCUGUUCAAAAAGGAGUAAUUUAUGUUCAAAAUUCCCAUUCAAGAUCCAUCCUUGGAUGCCUAGAUAUGAGAACAGCAGAUUCACUGACCUUAAGGGAGAGGUCUUAUAUCAUUUCCUAUUCGUCUCCAGUUUCUCCGAGUACACGGUUGUGGAUAUUAACCAUGUAGUCAAGAUUGAUCCUGCAAUCCCUCCAGACAGGGCAUGCCUCUUUGGCUGUUGUAUAGCUACAGGGGUUGGUGCUGCUUGCAAAGUGGCAAAUGUUGAGGCAGGAUCAACUGUUGUUAUUUUUGGGCUGGGAUCAAUUGGGUUAGCGGUUGCAAAGGGAGCAAAACUGUGUGGUGCAAAUAGAAUUAUAGGAGUGGAUGUGAACCCAGAUAAAUUUGAGAUUGCAAAAAAAUUUGGAGUGACCGAGUUUAUCAAUUCAAAAGACUGUGGGAACGAAUCUCUAAGCCAGGUAGUGAAAGAGAUGACUGGAGGAGGUGCGGAUUAUUGCUUUGAAUGUGUUGGAUUAGCAUCCUUGGUACAAGAAGCCUAUGCAAGCUGUCGAAAGGGUUGGGGAAAGACUAUAGUUUUAGGAGUGCAGAAGCCAGGGUCUCAGUUGAGCUUAAGCUCAUUUGAAGUUCUUCAUUCAGGGAAAACCCUCACUGGAGCCUUGUUUGGAGGGGUCAAAGCCAAGUCUGACCUUCCACUUCUGUUAAAACGUUACACAGACAACGAGUUGCAGGUAGACGAAUUUGUGACUCACGAGGUUAAGUUCCAAGACAUCAACAGAGCCUUUGAAUUACUUAUGGGAGGGAAGUGCAUCCGAUGUGUGAUAUGGAUGGACAAAUGAGUGAUUUACACACCUGCCCCUUUAUUCUCAUCAAGUUAAGGAGUUUGCAAUACUCUCUAUGCGUGUAUGCUGUAUUAAUUUAUGUUAAAAUUAAUAAAUUUUUUUUAAAUAAUAA